GUCAUGAUUUUGGCAAAAUCGUCAUAAUUUGAUGAAAAAGGACAUGAUGGAGAUUUAGUAAGGGAUAGAGUUUAUUAUUAUGAGAGACACUGAACAUUUUUGGAUUAAGUUUUACGGAAGAACAAAAGAAAUAGCAAAAACAAAAAAGAAUUGAGCUACAAUACUACAGAUAUUUAACAAAUAGUUAAGCAUAAUUCAAAUCCCUGGAAAGUAUAGACCUCAGAACACUUUUAUCAGCUCAUUCUACCAUAAUCCGUACUGUGAUGGCAAUCAUCAAAAGCUUCUACCAAAAAGACACCCACUUCAACAAAAAACGGUGAAACAACGUUCCCCAAAAUAAAUUGAUGAACAAAAAACUUGUCAGCGAUUAUCCUACGAGAAUGCAACGUCUGCAAGUAUAACAAUAAUACCCUUAGAGAAUUGGACCUUCCUCGAACGGUACCUUUCUAUCAGUCAACUUUAAAUUUAUUUUAGUCCCUUUUCUAUCAAUUUUAAUUAUCGAUUUUAAAUCGAUAUCAAUUAAUCGAUUUAAUUAAAUUUUCUCCAUCAUCGCAACAUAUGAUACGUUAUUGUUUAUUUUUGUGUUUUGAAGUUCAGUAAACUACCGAACAGAUGUAAUUUGAUGUAAACAUGAAAUUAAUCGCAAUUUUCAAUAUUUGAUUUUCAUUGGAAUUUGUAAAACAAUUGUUCCACAUAAUAUUAAAAUGAUAAAAUAAAAUUAAUGAUGUCUUCCUACAAUGAUUUGCCACUGGAGGUAAUCGCAAAUAUUUAUAAAUAUUUGGAUGUUAUCGAUAUAAAAUCAGCUCAACUAACGUGUUCUCAAUGGCUAUGUGCUUCACUUUUAUUGGAUGUAGAAAAUCGUACAGUUUUAAAGUUAACUUCUGCAAAUGCUGAAAAUCAACAAUUAUUCUCAAAUAGUUUUAGAAAAUUUUCUAAUAUUCAUUUAGUAUAUAAUGAAAACAACAGUGAUAAAACUAUAUUAAAUGAAGAAAACUUGUUGAAAUUCUUCGAAAUUGAAAAUAUAAAUGGUGAUAUAAAAAACUUAGUUCUAGAAAAAUUAGGAAAUACGAUUUCAUUUGAAGGUUUAUGUGAAAUAUUAAAAUUAUUACCAAAGUUAGAAGAAUUAAAAUGCAUUAAAACUUAUUUUAAUUUUUCUGAAGAAAAUUUAUUACAACAAUCUCAACUUAUUUCAAAUAUUAUUUCGACAAAAAUAAAAUCUAUUAUUUUAUCUGGCGAUUAUUAUACUCAUAGAAAUUCAAAAGUAUUUUCUCAAGUAAAAAAUUUGGAAAAGUUUGGUGUAGAAACAUUCGUUUAUAAAGAUGAUUCUAAUUUGGAUAUAUUUCAUAUAAUUAAAAAUAAUGAAAAUUGUUUAAAAUGUUUAAUUUUAGAGUAUGAUGCUGUAAAUGCAUUACUAGAUUCUCAACAGCUUUUAUGUAAUUUAAAAUUAAGAGAAGUAUCAUUAAAAUUAAAUCAUGAAUAUCCGCAGUUUGCUGAUUUUAUUAAAUCUCAAAAUUUAAUUACAAAUUUAAGUUUAAUAAAUUGCUUUGAGUUAACUGAUUGGGAAAUGAUAACAAUUUUAGAAAAUUUACCACUUUUGGAAAGAAUAAAUAUUAAUCAAAAUAUUUUAUUGACGGAUAUAACAAUGUUUGAAAUUUCCAAGUUAAAAAAUCUAAAAUAUUUGAAUAUAAAUGAAUGCUGGGAAAUAGGAAGGGAUGGAAUUAUAAAUGGAUUAGCUAAAAAUAUGAAUAAUAAACUAAUUGAAUUAAAAUGCGUUGAAAUUAAUUUGCCAAAUGAUGCAUUUUUGGAGAUAUCAAAUAAAUUAUCGAAUCUUCAGGUACUGCAUUGUGGUGGUUUCAGAAAGACAAUAAAUGAUACUGGAAUUCAAUAUAUAAUAAAAAAUUUAAGAAAUCUUAUUGAUUUAAGUAUAUAUUCCUCAGAGGUAACCGAUUACGGUAUUACUGGUGUUGAUUUACAAACAAAACACAAAACAGGAUCAUGUUUAUCAGAACUUCGUCAUUUAAAUCAUUUAAAUUUACAAUGUGAAAUAACUGAUCAAACAUUACUUCAUGGAAUCAAAUUCAAAAAUUUAAAAACAUUGCAUUUAAGAUUGCAUUAUCCAUUUUCCAUAUAUGAUUCAGCAUUUGUACUCAAUGUAUUUACACAAAAUUCGCCUUCAAUAGAAGAAUUAUCUUUAGAUGGAAUACUUUAUAAUGAAAAUGUUCAUUUUGAUGAAGCUAUUGAAAUAUUAAUAACAAACUUAACAAAAUUAAAAAGAAUAUAUAUUAAAGGACACUGUGAAAAAGAUUGUACAUCAACGGAUUGGACUAGAAUAAAUAUAUUUUUAAUUAAAUUUCGGAAAGAUUUAUCAACAGUUGAGAUUGACUGUGAUUGUAAAAUAUGUAUAAAUUUAAAAUAUAUAUGUGAAAAAUUUACCCGAAAAUAGUUUCUUUAAAUUAUUAAAGUUAUUAAAAAAUGUAUAUUUUUAAAAAAAAAUUAAAGAUUUUAAAAAAUAUGUUGCUUAUAUUGUUUAUACACAUAUUAUAUU